UCCUGAAAUAAGAAGUAAUUAAUUAAGAGAAUAAAGUAAAUGGUUUCCUAGCCAAUGAAACACCACCUUUCAUUUUAUUAUCAAUUAUAAUUUUUAAAAGGACUUAAUAAAUGCUUAAUUUAUCCUGGCGAGGUGUCAUUCCCUCAUGUAAAAAUAAGAAAGUCAAAAGGCUUGCCUACCGUACAUUUAGUUCCUUCGCUCUUGCAACAUACAUGUUUCUUUUUGCUUUUAACUCUUGAUUGAAUACCUCCCCAGUUUCUUUUUUGCUCCCUGCUCAGCCUCGUGUAUGCCCUAAGUUCUUGUUCUGCUGAGCUACUAAGUUAGUAUUCUAUGUUAUCAGCAUUGGACAUUACAUAAUAAGAAUGGUUAUCAUUAUUCAAUGCCCACUGUCUCAUGUAAGCGUCCUCACAUCUUUUGAGAAAGACGUUAAUCCCAUUUUGUAGAUGAGGAAACUAAGGCAUAGGGAGAUUACAUAGCUAGUAAUGUUACAGCUAGUCUUAUGACUGACAGUGUUUUGCUCUUCUGAGCCUGAAGUACAUGCUAUUUCCACUGUGAUAAAUAACCUUAUCAAAGACUCUGAAGUUACCACUCCAACUCUCGUUGGCUUCUGUUCCUUUAAAUAGCGAUACUCCUUUAGCACCUUGAUCUGUUUCCCUUUUUCCUCUUACCUGCUCUUUUUGGUUGACCAUAUCUAAAUUAGUAGCUCUACCUACCAUAUAUUUACUGAUGACUCUAAAAUGUGUUGUUUUUAGUGUGAACUUCUCUCCUAACGCAUAUAAACAAAUGCCUGUGUCCUAUAUACAUGCCCUUGGAUAUCGUGUAGAUGUCCGUUAUACCCAGCAUCUCCCAAACUGAAAUCAUCACCUUUAUUCCUAAAUUUACUCCUUUUCUUUUCUUCUCUCCCUCUGUUAGUACUAACACCGUUGUCCAUUAACUCAAAGCAGAAAUCUCAAUAUAUCAUCCUAGACUACUACUUUUUUUUCUGAACUCUGACAUCCAGUGAGAUCCAGAGGACUCAAUCUCUAAGAAUUUCUUGAAUUUCUCUUUUUCUCUCAACUGUCCUGAGUCAUUGAUGUCAUAUGUGUGUAUAUUGAAUUUCAGGUACCUUUGAGAAACUUCAAGUGAAGGUAUUAAGUGGAGAUACCUUAGGAGCUUAAGAGAGAGUUCAGGACUGGAAGUCCAGAUUUGAAUCAUCAGAACAUAGAUAUCCAUUCAAAGUGAGAGGAGGAAAUUAACCUUUGGAACAUAUAGUGAGGAGGGAGCCAAGAACAUGGCUUUAGUAAACAGUUUACAAUACUUGGUAGAAGAGGAACCCAGGAGGGAACUUGCAGAGUGAAGAGUGCGUGAUACAGUGUAUCACUGUAGAGAGAGCCAGACUGUAUAUUUACCUUUUUCCCCAAAAGUACUUUCCUUCUCCACUUCUGUAUCUUGGGUUCGGUUCUUCCUCUGCAUUGAGCGCCCUCUCUCUCUCUCUACCCACCUAAAGGAUACCUGUCACUGGGGCACAACUCACAUGCCGAUGUUCCUGGAACAUGUUUUCCAUGUUCGAUGUUUCAGUGUUUUCUGAUCCUCCAGCUGGAUGGAUUUCCCCUUCAGUGUAUUACUUAGACCAAAGAUGUGACUUAUAUAUGUCCAUUCACUGGUGCUGUACGAGGAACUCUGACUGUCACGAAUUACAGGUUAUAUUUUAAAAGCAUGGAACGGGAUCCCCCAUUUGUUUUAGAUGCCUCUCUUGGUGUGAUAAGUAGAGUAGAAAAAAUUGGUGGUGCUUCUAGUCGAGGUGAAAAUUCUUAUGGACUAGAGACUGUGUGUAAGGAUAUUCGGAACUUACGGUUCGCUCAUAAACCUGAAGGGCGGACAAGAAGAUCUAUAUUUGAGAAUCUAAUGAAAUAUGCAUUUCCUGUCUCUAAUAACCUGCCUCUUUUUGCUUUUGAAUACAAAGAAGUGUUCCCUGAAAAUGGGUGGAAGCUAUAUGACUCUCUUUUAGAGUAUAGAAGGCAGGGAAUUCCGAAUGAAAGCUGGAGAAUAACAAAGGUAAAUGAGAGGUAUGAGCUUUGUGAUACAUAUCCUGCCCUAUUGGUUGUGCCAGCAAAUAUUCCUGAUGAAGAAUUAAAGAGGGUGGCAUCCUUCAGAUCAAGGGGCCGUAUCCCAGUUUUAUCAUGGAUUCAUCCUGAGAGUCAAGCCACAAUCACUCGAUGUAGCCAGCCCAUGGUAGGAGUGAGUGGAAAGCGAAGCAAAGAAGACGAAAAAUACCUUCAAGCUAUCAUGGAUUCCAAUGCUCAGUCUCAUAAAAUCUUUAUAUUUGAUGCCCGGCCAAGUGUCAAUGCUGUUGCCAAUAAGGCAAAGGGUGGAGGUUAUGAAAGUGAAGAUGCGUAUCAAAAUGCAGAACUCGUUUUUCUGGAUAUCCACAAUAUUCAUGUUAUGAGAGAAUCAUUACGAAAACUUAAGGAGAUUGUGUACCCUAACAUUGAGGAGACUCACUGGUUGUCUAACUUGGAAUCUACUCACUGGCUUGAACAUAUUAAGCUUAUUCUUGCAGGGGCUCUUAGGAUCGCUGACAAAGUAGAGUCAGGAAAGACGUCUGUGGUUGUGCACUGCAGCGACGGAUGGGACCGAACAGCUCAGCUAACUUCCCUUGCCAUGCUCAUGUUAGAUGGCUACUAUCGAAGCAUCCGAGGCUUUGAAGUCCUUGUGGAAAAAGAAUGGCUAAGCUUUGGACAUCGAUUUCAGCUUAGACUUGGCCAUGGAGAUAAGAACCACGCAGACGCAGACCGAUCGCCUGUUUUUCUUCAGUUUAUUGACUGUGUCUGGCAAAUGACAAGACAGUUUCCUACAGCAUUUGAAUUCAAUGAAUAUUUUCUCAUCACCAUUUUGGACCAUCUAUAUAGCUGUUUAUUUGGAACAUUCCUCUGUAACAGCGAACAGCAGAGAGGAAAAGAGAAUCUUCCUAAAAGGACGGUGUCACUGUGGUCUUAUAUAAACAGCCAGCUGGAAGACUUCACUAAUCCUCUCUAUGGGAGCUAUUCCAAUCAUGUCCUUUAUCCAGUAGCCAGCAUGCGCCACCUAGAGCUCUGGGUGGGAUAUUAUGUCAGGUGGAAUCCACGGAUGAAGCCGCAGGAGCCCAUUCACAACAGAUACAAAGAGCUUCUUGCUAAACGAGCGGAGCUCCAGAAGAAAGUAGAGGAACUACAGAGAGAGAUUUCCAACCGAUCAACCUCAUCCUCUGAGAGAGCCAGUUCUCCUGCACAGUGCGUCACUCCCGUCCAAACUGUCGUGUGAAAGGACCGUUCGAGAGGGGCCGUCGUUGCCAUGAACUCUGGAUCCCAGUGGCAGCUUUAGGAGCAUAAAGUCUUCUGAAGUUAGAACCCACCUGUGAGAGAAAUUCAGUUGCUUUAUUUAUUGUAAAUCUCUCCAGGAUGGGUUUGGAACUGUAGCAGUGCAGGUGGCAUAAGUGAAUAAACCCCAUAUGUAAUUACGUGAUUAUGACACUAAUCUUCUAAGUCACCCAAAGAAUAUUAAGAUGCUUCCAUACCGGAUCCACAGUGGGAACAAGUUUGAUUUUAAAAUCAAACUACAAACCACUCCAGAAAUAUACCUCUUGAUGGAAGAGAACUCACUGGACAGAGGGAAGGAGCAUCAGUUUUCACACCAAACCAACACUGAAAUUCUGUGGCAUUAUAUAUAUUGAGCCUCGAUGUCAUGAAAGUUGAAAAUCAUUGGAUACACCUUUCCCCAUCAUGGGUUUUUCUUUUUUGUAGUAGAGUGAUUUACUUUGGUCACCUUUCUGCACCCACACGCUUCACAUACGGUAUGGCAAAGUCUUGAGGACAUUAUGAUGUUAGUAGUAGUUGAAAACUAUUGCUGUUGUUAUUCACGUACUUAAGAUGUGUUAGGUAGCCGUUCCAAAAUGAUGCCUUAGAGAGGUGCUUGGGGUUGGGGGGCGGGAUGGAGAAGAGAAAGCAGUAGCCGUCCAGGAUUUCAAAGAAUCAUAUGCCCUUCGGAUUACUUUCCGUUGCCCAAUUACUAGAAAAAUAAUGGAACAUAUUUUACAAGUUCAUUAUCACUUUAUUUCAUUUACAUUUUUGUGUGUGUGUCUGAAUAUAGAAGUUAAUUGGUAAGUUGUGAGGCAAUAUUUUAUAAGUUUACUAGGAUUGACUUUUUUCCCCUGAAGUCUGUAUAAAUAGCUUAUGGGUGAGAAGUACUACGCUCAAAUUUUACAUGAAAUUAUUUUACUACUACUUUACUUUGCAAAUUCCGUAAUUCCACUGAAAGAUUAAGUCUACCAAAGAGCUUACUGCAUGUCAAAAUGUAUUACAGUCUCAAUGCCAGUAAAGGAAAUACUGCUUCACUGUUCACCUGCCAGUAACAGUUCAGCACUGGUGUAAACAUUUGACUCCCUGAUACCCUAAGAGCCAUAUGUUAUGUACUGUAACAAAGGAGCUUCUUCUUGGGUCUUUCAUUAAAAGAAAACUUCAACUGA